AUGUCUGCUACUGCUUCAAUCCCUAUACCUCAUCGCCGUGUCUCUACUCGCCGUGGAUCUGUCUCUGCUUAUGAUCCAUUUGCUAUUCACGCCGAGAUCAAUGAGAACCCAAACCGCACCUCAUCUAGUACGCUGACCAUCGUCCGCGUUGCUCAGCAGCAAAUCAAUACCCAACCCAUCACCCUAAGUGAGCCUCCAUCUUCUUCUGCUCUGAGCCAGCGGAGGAUUCCGCGUCGUCAUCAACAGCCUGGCCCUGGCUCCUCCACAUCUCCCCCUUCAGAUUCCAUUCCUGGUAAUCGCCUUAGUUUCGCUUUCUCUUCCUUCUCAAGUGCGGGGCCAGCUCAAGGAGGCCCCUCUUCCUCUGCGAAUAGUAUUAAUAGAGAUCGUCCCCCAAGUCCAUCAUCUUCUCCCCGUCUCCGUCCAUCUUCUCCUCGUCUUGGCCCCACAUCUCCUUUCCCCUCAAAGCCUCGCCUAACUCCAGACCAGCUCGUCGACCUCGCACGCCAGGCCACCAACCCACGCACACUCACUCAACUUCAGGGUACUCCGUUCUCAGGGCCAUCCUCGCCUGCACCACUUACCCACUCUCCCGUGCUGCGUGCACACUCGCCAAAGUUUGGCACUAGCUCUGCACCUGCUCCUGCUUCUGUUGCCCCGGCUACCUUUACGCCUCUCCCUGCGGACAUCUUUCUCCCUUUUGUAGAUCGUCCAUCGGAGGUCGCAGCACUCAUCUCCUCUCCUCCCGAUGUCAAGCUCUUUUCGCUCCUCGCCCAGACUUGGUCAAAAAUAAUCGAUCCUCCAUCUGAUCAGAUCCUGUCCCUUCCACGCGAUCCUGCGCAAUGGUCUUACAACCACCUCAUCCAUCACCUUACCAAGGUCGAUAGGGACGUGGCCCCAGAUCCGUUCUGGGCUUUAUCUGCCCGUAAAUGUAUCCUUUCACAUUCGGAACUCCUCUGGGAACGGAUUAAAGGCGCCUUGGGCAUCCCGCCAGAGUUGGACGUCGACUGUGAUUUCACCAGAGAUCCUGACGAUGAUGAAAGCUGCCUUGAUACAGACGAAAUAUCCGAUGAUGAAGGUCGGGCUGCGAGCGGUCACUGGUCUGACUGGGACGCCGUCAUGGACUCUCCUGUGUUUGCUCGUGCCGCCAAGCGUCUUAGUGUCGAAUCUCCCACCGCUUCCCUCUAUCUUGAAAAGAGGGGGAGGGAGCGGACUUUGUCGUCAAAAGACGAUCAAGACUUCCGUACUCAGGUAGAGGGAAAGCUUCAGGGCCUUGAAAAAGGUUUCGUGCAAACGUCAGCCAAGGCUGUCGAGUCUCCAGAUGUUCCUACGACGGGGGCCACCACCAUCUCUCCUACCCCACAAGGGGCUCGAAGUCCCCCAGAUCACGAGUCGACUAUUCUCAUUGGAAGCCUCAGUCCUCCGACUAUAAUACAACAGCCUGCUAGCCCCGGGAUAACCGAUGCGGCUGAUUAUAUCUCGAUUGAACCGUUACUUGCACCACCGUCUAUCAGCAACCCCCCUCCGCUCUCCCUUCAGGGGUCUCUAGGUGCUAUCGGGGACGGUCUCGGUGACAUUGCAGAAGGAGCAGAAGAAGAGGAAGAGACGGAAGGGGUUGAUGCUGACAAGGAGACUGCGCCAGAAGAUCCAGACCUCAUUUCACCCUCCCAGAUCCAAGGAUUGCGCAUCUCCACUUCCCCGCUGCCGCUCUCCAAUUCAUUUCAUGCCAGAGCUAGCACGCCCCCGGUUCCUUCUCCCAUUUCGCCCCUGCCCCCGUAUCCAUCGGGACAGUCUUCGCUCCCGCACUCGCGCAGGAGCUCCAUGUCCUCUUCUGUUGGCCCCUUUCAGCGUUCGGAAUCAUUUGGGAAUAUCGCGUCGAGGAUGGGCGAGUCUUCUAGUUAUUCGUCCAUCACUUAUGCGGGCAGCGAUGCCGGUGAUAGUUCUGGGUACACGAGUGAUGUGGGCUAUGAUCCUGUGGGUGAUCGGGCACCUGGAAAUCCGCUCUUCCCGAGCAACUUUGCCAGGUUGGCUGUGGGUCCGACGUUGAGAGCCAAUAAUCCGAACCUUCAUAACCCUUCUGCUCCCCCUGCGUCGAGGUAUGGAGGGGUAAAUGUGAAGCCGAGGACGUAUUCGCAGGGUGCCACGGGGCUGGGCAGGAUUAGUUCCUUGCAGCGCCAGAGUCAUAGGCAGAGUUGGAGUGAUGCGCAUGAGUAUGCUGUUUCGGCAGGUGGGAGCAGUGUUGGCGUUGGUGGUGGGGAGUAG